CUCCGAGAGGUGCCAAUACCAGGUCCCGGUGUUACCGGAAGAGGGCUCCGUUGUCUGUAGUCAUAACAGCCCGAGAUAGCGGGACAGCUCCCCAACCGGCAUGCUCUGCCUAGUAGUCCGCUUAGGUUCCCUAGUGUGAGGCCUGCAGCGCAGCAGCCCGCAGUAGUGUGUCUCCCCAGCCUGCCUCAGUGUGUGCUAGCCUGUAGCCAGUGAGAUACACCGGUGCUGAUGUCAUGCGGCCUUGUGGGGGAAGUUACCUUCUGCACUUGACAUAGCUGUGUAAACCUAGGAGCAGGAAGAGUCGGGGAUCCCUCUGUUGGAGCGGGGUGCCCCCUGUUAUUGUAUUGCCAGUACAUUCAGCAAUAAGCAAACUCCAGCUAGCCAUAUUAUGAAGUACUAUUUGCUGUUUCUGUCCUUCAGUGUAGUGUGACUUUGUGGUUCACUAUUUUAAGUUUAAUUAGUCUUAUGACAAAAUCUUCAUUUUCCAGGACAAGUGUUCUAUUAACGUCUGUGAUAUCUCAUUCAUGUGUCAUGCCUAAUUUUAGGACAGGGAUAGAAGGCAUGCCAGUCAUAUGUCCCAGUAAUACAUUUGUUACCAAAAAGUAAAUAAACUGUUCAGAACCAAUUUCCCAUUACAGCUUCAUUCCCAGUGUUCUGUCAGAGCCUGCCCUGUAGUUUAUGCUUUUCUAGAAUGCCUUCUGUAUGCUGGUAAUACUGACUUCCAGUGUUCAGUAUUACAUGCUCAAAUGGUCAGAGAGACCUGUUCCAUACUUGUUAUAUUCGUACUUUGACCAGGAUUUAAUAUUAACUUGGUUAACACCGUGUGAACCUUACUGCGGCAUAAAUAGUUUAUUCUCCCUAAAGUAAAGAUUGUACAGCCACAAUGUUCUCUUCUUUUGUUUUACCCGAUGCCUUGGAACAAUCUGCAUGAAUGAUGGCAUAUUAUUUGCUAGACACCAAAUGAGUGGUUAAUGAUAAUUACCUACUGCCAUGGAGCAAGACGCUCAAAGGAAAGCAAACUUUUCAACUCUGGUUGGUCAUACCAAUGGACUAACUAAAACUUCAGCCCUGGCCUCUAAACCUGCGGCUUCAAGAAAACUGAUCAUCAAAAAUUUUAAAGAUAAACCGAAGCUGCCUGACAAUUACACUCAGGAUACAUGGCAGAAGCUCCAUGAAGCCGUAAAUGCAAUAGAAAGCAGCACUUCCAUAAAGUACAACUUGGAGGAACUCUACCAGGCUGUGGAAAACCUAUGUUCUUAUAAAGUUUCACAUACACUGUAUAAACAGCUUCGCCAAGUAUGUGAGGAGCAUAUGAAGGCUCAGAUCCAUCAGUUCAGAGAAGAAUCUCUUGAUAGUUUUCUGUUUUUAAAAAAGGUGAAUUUGUGUUGGAAGGAUCACUGUCGACAAAUGAUCAUGAUCCGGAGCAUUUUCUUAUUUUUGGAUCGAACUUAUGUCCUGCAGAACUCAAUGCUUCCUUCCAUAUGGGAUAUGGGCUUGGAGCUCUUUUGCAGUCAUGUUAUAAGUGACAAAUUGGUUCAGAUGAAGACAAUUGAUGGCAUCCUCCUCCUUAUUGAGCGAGAGCGAUCUGGGGAGGCUGUGGACCGAAGCCUUCUACGUAGUUUACUGGGCAUGUUGUCUGACUUACAAGUUUACAAAGAUUCAUUUGAAGUGAGAUUUUUGGAAGAAACAAAUUGCUUGUAUGCAUCUGAAGGGCAGCGGCUAAUGCAAGAAAGAGAGAUUCCAGAAUACCUCCAUCAUGUGAACAGGCGCUUAGAAGAGGAGGCAGAUAGAGUGAUUACAUAUUUGGACAAUGGGACACAUAAACCUCUGAUAGCUUGUGUGGAAAAACAGCUACUGGGAGAACACUUGGUAGCCAUCUUGCAAAAAGGUCUAAAGAGUAUGCUGAAUGAGAACAGAGUUCCAGACCUGACGCUUAUGUACCAACUCUACAGUCGGGUCAGAGGUGGUCAGUCAAUCCUACUGCAGCAUUGGGGCGAGUAUAUUAAAAGCUUUGGGAGCUCCAUAGUGGUGAAUCCAGAAAAGGACAAAGAUAUGGUGCAGGAGUUGCUAGAUUUCAAGGAUAAAGUUGAUCAUAUAAUCUGUGUUUGCUUCCAAAAGAAUGAGAAGUUUGUCAACACGAUGAAGGAAUCAUUUGAAACCUUCAUCAACAAGAGAACAAAUAAGCCAGCAGAACUUAUAGCCAAAUAUGUGGAUUCUAAGUUACGCUCUGGAAACAAAGAAGCCACCGAUGAAGAGCUGGAGAGAUUCCUUGAUAAAAUUAUGAUAAUUUUUAGAUUCAUCCAUGGCAAAGAUGUGUUUGAGGCAUUUUACAAGAAAGACCUUGCUAAAAGACUGUUGGUGGGCAAAAGUGCAUCUGUGGAUUCAGAGAAAUCAAUGUUAUCUAAACUUAAACACGAGUGUGGGGCAGCAUUUACCAGUAAAUUGGAAGGGAUGUUUAAAGAUAUGGAACUCUCAAAAGAUGUGAUGGUUCAAUUCAAACAGUAUAUGCAAAAUCACAGUGACCCAGGUAACAUAGAUUUGACAGUCAAUAUACUUACCAUGGGAUACUGGCCAUCUUAUACACCCAUGGAGGUUCUUUUACCAGCAGAGAUGGUGAAGCUUCAGGAAAUAUUCAAGACUUUUUAUCUAGGAAAACACAGCGGCAGAAGACUACAGUGGCAAUCCACACUAGGACAUUCUGUUUUGAAAGCUGAGUUUAAACAAGAGAAGAAGGAGCUUCAGGUAUCAUUAUUUCAAACACUGGUGCUACUUAUGUUCAAUGAGGGAGAAGAAUUCAGUUUUGAAGACAUUAAAAUGGCUACAGGAAUAGAGGAGAAUGAGCUGAAACGGACUCUGCAGUCACUUGCGUGUGGGAAAGCCAGAGUGCUAAACAAAUCACCGAAGAGUAAGGAUGUGGAGGAUGGCGACAAGUUCAACUUUAACGCAGAUUUUAAGCACAAAUUAUAUAGAAUUAAAAUCAACCAAAUCCAGAUGAAGGAAACGGUGGAAGAGCAAGUUAAUACGACAGAAAGGGUUUUUCAGGACAGACAGUACCAGAUUGAUGCAGCAAUUGUUCGCAUUAUGAAAAUGAGGAAAACUCUUACACACAACCUCCUGGUCUCCGAGCUUUAUAAUCAGCUGAAGUUCCCUGUUAAGCCUGGAGACCUGAAGAAAAGGAUUGAAUCUUUAAUAGAUAGAGACUACAUGGAAAGGGACAAAGAAAACUCCAAACAGUACCAUUAUCUGGCAUGAGGAGCACGCCGGGGCUGUUGUAGUGCAAUGAAUGAUAGAUAAAACAUCCAGUGCUCAUCUAAUGUUUAAUGUUACAGACCUGAGUAACAGCAGUUGUACAACAUCGCAUCAUUGAUAAACAUUAGUAAUAUCAAAGUAGCAUUUUAUGUAUUUUUUUUUUUUUUUUGUAUGACUGUUUAAAGAAUGUUUUACUAGUUCUUUUGGCAUAAACAUUUAAACUUCUUGUUCUCCUGUCUGCAGUGACAUUUCUCCUUUUUCUUAUUUCUUUUUUUUUCCGCAUUCUUUUGGCUUACGUUGCACAUAAUCCCGCAUCAACUAAUAGGCCCAUAAUGCUGCAAUAUUUAUUAUUGGCUCAGAGAAGGAUUGCAGUGCAGUAGAUCCAUAUUAUGUCCUCUCAAAAAUAGAACCCAACAACUAAAACAAUAGCUUCCUCUAUAUUAUUGUAUAAUGUACAACAGUCUAAAUUGCAUCUUGUUUGGUCUUCUCCACAUUAGGUUUGGAGGGUUGUCAGCAUAGGUAGAAGUGUAAUAAAGGGGAGUGCUGUUGGUGUUAGUUCCACAUCCAAAAUAGAGGGAACUAUUUACUCUAACUUUUUAGGCAAAUUGACAUGCACCAACAAUUUCUAUUUGCUAAUUAUGAGCUACCCAAUUUUAAGUUGUGUAAUAAUAGGCGUUAUUUAAAGACGUGGGGCUGGAUGUAAUACCGCCCGAGUUAGCCCGACGUGUAGGUUCAAAGGGUCAGUCAUAUUUACAAGGCAUAACCAUGGCUUGUAAAUGACUGCUCCUUUAAAAUAACGUCGGAGUUUGCACGUCGGGCAAACCUGAACGGCAUUACAUCCGGCUCAUGGUAUCUGUUUUCUAACUGAAGCAGAACAUCUAUACUGGUACAGUGACUGAAUUACCAUUGUUUGUUUCAUACUGAUGUCAAAACACUGCAAAAAGAAUCAUUGUUGACUUAUUACGAUGAUACAGCUCUGCAGAUACACAUGAUUAAUCAGGGUCACUUAAAUUCCGCUUGAGCAUUCCGGCCGCUCAAUAAACAGGUCUCCUAACAUUGCACAUAGUAUGUAGUAAGCGUUGUUGCUGCCUUGAGGUGGUGUUGACUUUAAUUAAUCAUUCUUGUUGGAGCACUUUGUAGGGCUGUGGAAAGGAAAGCUUCAUAACUAAUUAAGUUAUUGCUGCCACUUUCAGAAAAGCUUUCAAUAUGCAAUUUCUAACCGUAAAUGACAUUUGAAUGAGGACAUUUGUACACUGUAAACAAUGUAAAAACGUAUGGGUAUUUGCAUUUGCUAGUAAAACAAUUUAAAGCACAA